AUGUCCCGACUCAGAAAGUUCAACAAUACCGUUUUGCAAAGUGUGAAGGGCGGCGCCGAUAGCGACGAUGAGACCCCAUUCCAUCCUCUCGACACCGAAGAGCAGGAGGAAUUUAUCAGUGAUCUGGAACUUCGAAAUCUUGCGGCAAAUAAUCAGCUUAUAGGCUUCUUGAGUGUAGGAUACGUGGUAUGCUGUGGGGUGUUCCUGUGGCUAGUAGUGAACGUUAGAUCUGGGAGCAAGUCGCCAAUAUAUAGGCGACUCUUGUUGUUUUGCGUCAACUCAAUCGUAUGUUCAUUAAUAGCCUUGCGAUACGAGAUCAUCAAAGACUUCAAACUUGUGGGAUCUAUCAAGAUGCGAGUCACUAAUCAUAAGAUCAACGCAGUCAAUAGCGUGCUAUUAAUGCUUAUCAGCUGGGAGGCAUCCGACAAAGUAGAUAGGCUCGGUCUGCAGAUCCUACUACAUGUACCGCUGGUGCUUUUUGGUCUUUCUUUGGUCUCAAGAAGGUGGAUGGAUGAUCUGGAUAGCGAAAUCGGAGGUUUGCGUGGCUUGAAGUAUAAGUUCAAGAACGUUUAA